UGGUGUGAUCAUAACAACAUAAAGGAACUCAAGUCCUUCUGUUCAACUGACUUAGAAUUCCUCACAAUCAAAUGUCGACCGCAUUAUCUACCAAGAGAAUUAUCUUCGAUUAUAAUCACAGCCACAUAUAUUCCCCCCCAAGCAGACACAUCGAUGGCCCUGAACGAACUUUAUUUUACUCUAUGUAAACUGGAAACCACAUAUCCUGAGGCUGCAUUCAUUGUAGCUGGGGAUUUUAACAAGGCUAAUCUGAAAACAAAACUCCCUAAAUUCUAUCAGCAUAUCGAUUGUUCUACCAGGGUUGGUAAAACUCAGGAUCAUUGUUAUUAUAUCUUCCGCGACGCAUAUAAGGCCCACCCCCGUCCUCCUUUUCGGAAAAGCUGAAACAGCUAAAACAGAAAGCUCAGGUCUGUUUUCAACGCUGGUCCAACCAAUCUGAUUCCACGCUUCAAGAUUGCUUCGAUCACGUGGAUUGGGAUAUGUUCCACAUUGCAUUAAACAACAACAUUGAUGAAUACGCUGAUUCGGUGAGCGGGCUUAUAAGCAAGUGCAUCAUCGAUGUCGUACCCACAGCAACUAUUAAAACAUUCCCAAACCAGAAACCGUGGAUUGAUGGCAGCAUUCGCGCAAAACUGAAAGCGCGAACCACUGCUUUUAACCAGGGCAAAGUGACCAGAAGCAUGACCGAGUACAAACACUGUAGCUAUUCCCUCCGCGACGCAAUCAAACAAGCUAAGCGUCAGUAUAGAGAAAAAGUAGAGUCGCAAUUCAACGGCUCAGACACAAGAGGUAUGUGGCCCGUUGCGGACCAGGAUGUCUUGCUCCCAGACAGACUAAACAACUUCUUUGCUCGCUUUGAGGACAAUACAGUGCCACUAACACGGCCCGCUACCAAAACCUGUGGACUCUCCUUCACUGCAGCCGACGUGCGUAAAACAUUUAAACGUGUUAACCCUCGCAAAGCUGCAGGCCCAGACGACAUCCCCAGCCGCGUCCUCAAAGCAUGCGCAGACCAGCUGGCUGGUGUGUUUACGGGCAUAUUAAAUCAAUCCUUAUCCCAGUCUGCUGUUCCCACAUGCUUUAAGAGGGCCACCAUUGUUCCUGUUCCCAAGAAAGCUAAGGUAACUUAGCUAAAUGACUAUCGCCCCGUAGCACUCACUUCCAUCAUCAUGAAGUGCUUUGAGAGACUAGUCAAGGACCCUACCUGACACCCUAGACCCACUCCAAUUUGCUUACCGCCCCAACAGGUCCACAGACGACGCAAUCGCAACCACACUGCACACUGCCCUAACCCAUCUGGACAAGAGGAAUACCUAUGUGAGAAUGCUGUUCGUCGUCUACUGCUCAGCAUUUAACACCAUAGUACCCUCCAAACUCAUCAUUAAGCUCGAGACCUUGGGUCUCGACCCCGCCCUGUGCAACUGGGUACUGUACUGGACACCCCCAGGUGGUGAGGGUAGGUAACAACAUCUCCACCCCGCUGAUCCUCAACACUGGGGCCCCACAGGGGUGCGUUCUGAGCCCUCUCCUGUACUCCCUGUUCACCCACGACUGUGUGGCCAUGCACGCCUCCAACUCAAUCAUCAAGUUUGCAGAUGACACUACAGUGGUAGGCUUGAUUACCAACAACGACGAGACGGCCUACAGGGAGGAGGUGAGGGCCCUCGGAGUGUGGUGUCAGGAAAAUAACCUUACACUCAAUGUCAACAAAACAAAGGAGAUGAUCGUGGACUUCAGGAAACAGCAGAGGGAGCACCCCCUAUCCACAUCGACGGGACAGUAGUGGAGAGGGUGGUAAGUUUUAAGUUCCUUGGCGUACACAUCACGGACAAACUGAAUUGGUCCACCCACACAGACAGCGUGGUGAAGAAGGCGCAGCGGCACCUCUUCAACUUCAGGAGGCUGAAGAAAUUCAGCUUGUCACCAAAAGCACUCACAAACUUUUACAGAUGCACAAUCGAGAGCAUCCUGUCGGGCUGUAUCACCGCCUGGUACGGCAACUGCUCCGCCCACAACCGUAAGGCUCUCCAGAGGAUAGUGAGGUCUGCACAACGCAUCACCGGGGGCAAACUACCUGCCCUCCAGGACACCUACACCACCCGAUGUCACAGGAAGGCCAUAAAGACCAUCAAGGACAACAACCACCCGAGCCACUGCCUGUUCACCCCUCUAUCAUCCAGAAGCGGGAGCUUUUAUAUUUGGCUGUACUGUGGCACUGUGCUUUCUGAUAAGGGACCUCAUGUUUUACGUGAUUGGUGGAAUUACUGUUUCCAUCAUAGCGUUUGUCUUUACCAUCAAGUUCCUAUGUGAGCUUGCUGCGCGGGUGGUUAGCUUCCUGCAGAAUGAGGAUCCCGGGAGAAGGGGUGACCGCAGCAUCUACGACUAUGUACGAGGGAACUACCUGGACCCGCGCUCCUGCAAGGUGUCCUGGGAUUGGAAGGACCCACAGGAAGUGGGCCAGACUAUGAGCUUCCGUGUUCACCUCUUCUACAAGAACGGCCAGCCCUUCCCUGCCCACCGACCCGUGGGGUUAAGGGUCAACAUCACUCACAUAGAGCUGGCCCUAGACAUCCCCAUCACCCAGGAGGUUCUGCAGGAGCCAGAGUCCAAUGUGGUCAAACUGGCCUUCACUGUCCGCAAGGCCGGACGCUAUGAGGUAGCUGUCAAACUGGGAGGACUCAACGUGGCCUACAGCCCUUACUACAAGAUAUUCAAAUCAGGGACAGUGGACCCGUCCAAAACGAAGAUAGCCUACCACUUCUCCACCCUGGUCUUAGUAUAUGGCCAGCAGCAUACCCUGCAGAUUGAGCCUCGGGACGAGUAUGGCAACCCCACCAGUAACUCCACCUCACUGAUAGACGAAGUCAACUACAGUGUCCACGUCCACUCGCUGGGCACGGUGGAUGACGACAGCCUGGAGGAGUACUACUGUAAGUCAGUGACGUCCAACAAGCAGCUGUGCCAGGUACUGCUGAAAAUCACCCUGAGGAAGAAGGGCUGUUUCCGGGCACGCAUCUCCUAUACCGACCUGCCCCUCAGCAACGGGGAGUUCGACAUCAUUGUUCUCAGUGAGAACGAGAAGAAGUGUGUGGAGAAGAACGUGUCCACCACAGGGAUCAGCAUCUACUUUGAGGCGUACCUCUACGGCACAGGGAACUACAGUAACUACAGUAACUCCUCGUGGCAGCUCCCAGCCUCGGCUCUGAUGGCCCCUCAGAGACGGCCCUCCAUGGGGGACGAGGAGGACGAGCAUGACUCCCCUGUAGAGGGCCAGGCGGAGAAGGUCAAGAAACCAAAAAAGGUCUACUGCUACAUAUCGCCAAAGCAACUGUCAGUGAAGGAGUUUUACCUGAAAAUCAUUCCAUGGCGCCUUUUCACCUUUCGAGUUUGCCCAGGGACAAAGUUCACAUACUACGGCCCUGACCCCGUUCACAAGUACCUGACUCUAGUGGUGGAUGAUGGGAUCCAGCCGCCAGUGGAGCUGAGCUGUAAAGACAGAAACAUCAUGGCUGCCACCUUCAUCCGUUUCCUGCACAAGAAUAUCGGUGGCUCGGAGACGUUCCAGGACAAGGUGAGCUUCUUCCAGAGGGAGCUCAGACACAUCCACUCCAAGAGACCUCGCACCAAGACCUGCCUGAAGAUCACACGCCACUGCAUCUUGGACUCUUCUCUGAAAUCCACCCGGAACUUCUCCGUGUCGGACUGGAGUAAGAACUUUGAGGUGGUGUUCCAGGAUGAGGAAGCUCUGGACUGGGGAGGGCCGCGAAGGGAGUGGUUUGAGCUCGUCUGUAAGACCCUGUUUGACACCACCAAUCAGCUGUUUACUCGCUUCAGUGACGACAACCAGGGCCUGGUCCACCCCAACGCUGAGCGGCCGGUCCACCUGCGUCUGAAGAUGUAUGAGUUUGCGGGGCGCGUGGUGGGGAAGUGCCUGUACGAGUCAGCCCUGGGCGGGGCCUACAAGCAGCUGGUCCGCGCUCGCUUCACCCGCUCCUUCCUGGCCCAGCUCAUCGGACUCAGGAUGAACUACAAAUACUUUGAGACGGAUGAUCAGGAGUUCUACAAAACGAAAGUCUGCUUCAUCCUAAACAAUGAUGUCAGUGAAAUGGACCUGGUGUUUGCUGAGGAGAAGUACAAGUCAGGACAGCUGGAGAAGGUGGUGGAGCUGAUAUCUGGAGGAGCUCAGAUUGCUGUCAACAAUGAGAACAAGAUGCAUUAUCUGAACCUGCUGGCCCAGUACAGGCUCGCCAGUCAGGUGCGAGACGAGGUGGAGCACUUUCUCAAAGGUUUGAAUGAACUUGUUCCGGAGAACCUCCUGGCCAUAUUUGAUGAGAAUGAGCUGGAGCUGUUGAUGUGCGGUACAGGGGACAUCAAUGUCCAGGACUUCAAGGCCCAUGCUGUGGUCGUAGGAGGGUCGUGGCACUUCAGAGAGAAGGUGAUGAAGUGGUUCUGGGCCGUGGUGUCCAGCUUCACCCAGGAGGAGUUGGCUCGCCUGCUGCAGUUCACCACCGGCUCCUCCCAGCUUCCCCCUGGGGGCUUCAACACCCUCUGCCCCUCAUUCCAGAUCAUUGCUGCUCCCACACACAGCACCCUGCCCACCGCACACACCUGUUUUAACCAGCUUUGCCUCCCCACCUAUGAUUCCUAUGAGGAGCUGCACAAGAUGCUGAAGCUGGCCAUCAGUGAGGGCAGUGAGGGCUUCGGCAUGCUCUGAGUGGCCCUAUCCCUGGAGCUCACCCCCAGACUCUGAGUGGCCCUAUCCCUGGAGCUCACCCCCAGACUCUGAGUGGCCCUAUCCCUGGAGCUCACCCCCAGACUCUGAGUGGCCCUAUCCCUGGAGCUCACCCCCAGACUCUGAGUGGCCCUAUCCCUGGAGCUCACCCCCAGACUCUGAGUGGCCCUAUCCCUGGAGCUCACCCCCAGACUCUGAGUGGCCCUAUCCCUGGAGCUCACCCCCAGACUCUGAGUGGCCCUAUCCCUGGAGCUCACCCCCAGACUCUGAGUGGCCCUAUCCCUGGAGCUCACCCCCAGACUCUGGUCACACUGUGGUCCUGCUCAUACAGCAGUGGGGUACCAAUGACACCAGCGCCAACCAGGCCCCUGGUACGCCUGUUACCCGCUCCAUCUGCUUUGGACAAUGGACAUCCCUCCCCGACUCACACGGGCUACCCAUGAUCCUCUUUCAGCGGGAGAGGGCAUUAAAGGAAUUCCACAGGAAGUCCAGUAGCCUCUGGGACGUCGUCAGGUGUCUGCACUAUGUGUAUAUACUGUACAAUGUUUGCUUUUCUAAUGAAGAACAUGACGUAGUGUUAGAAAAGGCUGGGUAGUUUUAUUCUAGAUGUUAGAGUUGUUUAAUUUGACGUUUUUGAGACAAAAUAUAAAGAGCCUAGUGAUCUUGGUGUUGUUUUGGUUUUUUACAUUUUAUUUAGAAAAAAAGCUGAGGAAGAUUUAAAUGCAAAAGCAGCCUACACAAAGUGUGGAGAAGCUGCACACCCCAUAGCACUUUGGCCUUACCUGAUCAGGGAAGGAUGUGUGUGUGUAUAUACUGCGAAAAGUAUGAAAAUGUAUGUACUCAUACUUUAAGUCGCUCUGCUAAAUGAUUCAAGUGUAAAAUGUAUAUACAGUAUAUAUUAUAUCACUAUUUCAUUUCAAUAUGUGUACAUGCAUGUUAAAAGGUUGUCAUAGCAACAGUUCAGACAUAUUUUCAGACAGAAGGGACGAAAGGUACUUGAUAGAUCUUUGAGGUCAUACUUUUUUAUUGGUGGGAGUUUAACACAUUACAGAUGAUUUCAUGUAUUUUUUAGUUAUCACCGUUUCACAUCCACAAUUGACUUCAGUUUACAAAUACAUGGGUUUUCAAAAGAACAAACCGUUUGCUACCCCAUGUCAGUGUGUCUGUUUUAACUUAUGGACUGAUUCAUGUUGUUUUCACCCAUACCGUUGAUGACAAUGCUAUUUUGUCUUGAGCCGUAACAGUUUUUUGUUUUAAAAACUGCCUUAUUCAAGCCCUUUGCCUCAGACAUAAUCUGGAGAAGUGUGUAGUUAAACGAAGCCUAGACUAGCAAAAGUAUGACAACAGGGAUAUUACUGUUGGUAGUUUUUGCAGUGGAAGUUUGACAUGCGUAUAUCAAUCGGAUGUUGACGUGUGAAGAGAUCGGAACUCAAGGUUAUCUUGAUAGCUGUCAUGUCUUGUGCUCUUGACUGUUGGUUUUCAUUCACCGCCUUGUCUGGGUUUACCUCUGAAUCUCAUCUAUGCAUCCCCUGUGUGUGUGUCCCUGCCCAUGGUUGUGUGAUCUCACCUGCCUCCUCUCUAACUACUACCCAUAGUCUGCUGUCUCUGACUCCUACAACUCGGUAGAUAAGCCACCUGAGUAAGGGAUACUGAGACAGGAAACACAAGAUGAAUAUUUCUUCAGGAUUGGAAAAAAUAUUUGGUUUAAAAUAUACUAACUAUCAAAAGUAAAUGUAAUUGCUAAAAUAUACUUAAGUGUCAAAAGUAAAAGUGUGAAUCAUUUCAAAUUAAGGUAACAAGAUGGCACCAUUUUCUAGUUGUUUUAUUUAUUAAGGCAUGGCCAGGGUCACACUCCAACAUUCAGACAUCAUUUACAAACUAAGCCUGUGUGUUUAGUGAGUCCACCAGAUCAGAGGCAGUGGGGAUGACCAGGGAUGUUCAAUGGAUAAGUGUGUGAAUUGGACCAUUUUCAUACCCUGCUAAGCAUUCAAAACGUAACAAGUACUUUUGUGUGUCAAGGUAAAUGUAUGGAGUAAAAAGUACAAUAUUUUCGUAAAAUUUGUAGUGAAGUAAAAGUAGUCAAACAUAUAAAUAGUAAAGUACAGAUACCCCAUAUUGCAGUGUGCAGCUACCCACAUGUACAGGCUAUUUAGGAAAGCCAACAUCUAGAACAUAGCACAGUAGCCUAAAGCAGACACAUUAUUAUGCAAUAUUAUUGUAUUUUUUGUAUUCACCUGAAUCUUUAGCCUCACAACUUAACACAAAUGCAAACCCAUGACGGGUUACGUUAUUGUUAUUCAACUCUUCCUCGUAAUUAAACAUCACCUCACUCUUGUUGAACAGGAUACACAUAUCACUUCCCAAGCUCCUCGUACUAACGGAAUAACUUGACCUUAUUGGGAACCUCUUAAGGGUGCUGGGUUUUUGUUAUUGCUGCUGGGGUUGACUGCACACUGAAAGUCUAUGGGUAUUGAAAUGGUAGACUAAUCAGAUGACCUAGUCAACUAAAAUGGUAGCUGCUGUCAGACACAAGACUUGGCAGAAGUAGCAUUGCAUUGUACUAUAGGAAUCGAGAUAUUAAAUAUUCUUAUACAAACCAUGUGCAUUUACAAAAGUGUAAAUAGUUGAAAUGCAGUUCAGAUUUUUUUUUAAUGAAGAUGUAAAAAGAAACGACAGCUGUGAUUUUAAAGUUACCGUUCAGAUAGUGUUUCACUCAUAAGCAGGUCCUGCUCUCAGUGUUUAAGAUCCCAGCUCAAGUGAUGGGGAAAGCUCAGUGGUCGGUGUGGUUUGGUUUUGGAUCGAUGUACAUAUUGUGACAUCGUUGCUUACAGCUUGGAGGUGGGAAUUUUUUAUGUGUCAAAUAAAUGACAACACUGUGUGGGCUGAUGGAUGUCAGGGUUCCUGCUCUGCAGUCCCUUUAUUGUUCAUGGAAUUAAAACGUGAUGGAGAUUAUUACA